AAUAUUUGUCGACGCAGGGCUCUGAAAGCGUCACUGGUUUUUGUGGGGAAAAAAAGUACAUAAACCUAAAAUUAAAUAAAUAAAUUUUGGGAAAAAAGUGUAGAAAAGGAUAAAACAACAACAUGGAGUGAAAGUGUUAAAAAUAAAACCAUAAAUUUUAAUAUUUAUGGCUUAAAACUGCAAUAGAAAACACAAAAACAUACUCAAUACACAGGCAACAAAAAGGUAGACUGAAAAGAAAAAUACACAUUAGCAACAACAAUAACACAUACAAGCAAGUAAAGCAGGAUCCUGAAAUGGACCACAGCGGCCGUAGUCGUAGUUACAUAGAUUUAUCUUCAUCCGACGACGAUGAUGAGGAAGAAUUCUCCUUAGCAGAAAGUUCAGAGACCGAUGAGGAAGAAGAACACUUGCGUAGAGGUCCUAUAAGAUAUGAUCAUGUCAGCAGGUGGAAGGAGGAGGAGAUAAAAAAUGUUCCAAUACAAGAAAAUUUAGCAAAUAGACUAAUGAAAAGAGAGUAUAUGGGCCAGAGUAGGAGUAGAAAGUCUUUCUAUACAAACGUGCCAACUAGAUUAUCUUUUUGUCUUAAGGAUAUAAUACCACCAAACUGUUUGCAAGGACAAGUAUUUAUGGGUCUCUCUGCCUGUGGCCAAUUUUUGUUAAGCUACAAAUUCUGCUGCAGUGACAAUGCUUCUGUUAGUCAUUAUUCUUUUAGUAUGGGUUUUAAGUACACUUUAUUUUUCUGGGUUUAUCAGCCCUUUAAACCCUUGCGCAACUUUUACAAAUGCUGCCUAUUCGAUGAUCAUGGUGUUGACAAUAUGAAAAAGGUCAGCAUGAUCCAGUGGAAAAAUUGUGAUCCUCGCAUUUUAAUUGUUCAUGGUGCUUCCGAGGAUGAAAAUGAAGACUCUUAUAUAACUUAUGUUAAAGUUCCUAAACUGGGCUGUUUGGAAUGUAAAAAACUGCGAGAAUUUGAAGAAGAUGAUGGAUUUUUCCGUCGUCACAUCCUCUGUCUAAAAUGUAAUUUAACUGUGCAUACAAAAUAUUCCACAACCGAUUCAGAUCGUAAAUUUGAUCCGAAUAUACAUUUAAUAUGUCCCGAGCGUAUUCUACUAAUAUCAAACGGAUUUUUUCAUAUGAUACACAUAAGACUAGAACAAGCUCCCAAGGAGCAACAAAAGCAAAUCUCACAACAGCAACACCAACAAAGUGCAAUAAGUCAAACGCAACUACAACAAAAUUCAUUAUCAAUUCUAAUAAUGAAACCUCAUAUUGCAGGAGAAACUACUAGUAACAAUAAUGCAACAGCCUCAACUUCAAAUCAGGAAGUUCAAGAAAGACGUACACCCAUACCCGAUUUAACUGACACCUUUAGCAUAGAUAGUCAAUCAACUAAUUCACAAAACAAUGUAGUGGCUCGUAUAAUCGAAGAUUUUGCUGAUGUAGAAACAGAUUCCACGCACUCUGGCAGUGGGGUGGUUAGUAUUUCACAAUUGGCUAAUAAUCUAAGGUCACCUGGUUCGAGUCAAAAUGAUUCCCCUGUAUCAGUAACACGUAAAUCGUGUGAGGAAUUGAUAUUUAAUUGCAAUACAAAUAAUACUAGUCGUUUAAAUGCCAUGUCACCAGCAGCAGCAUCUAUAAGUAGUGGAAGUACAACCUCUACUAUUGGUGUUAGUGCAGGAUCUGGAGGAAGUAAUACAACCUCUAAUAUUAGUAAUGUUGGAGGUGUUGGAACUGGUGUUGGUGUUAAUAAAAAUAACAGCAAUUUAAUGCAAAAAGGCCCCCGGCAAAGACAUCGCAUUGUAACAAAAUCUUUUCGCAAGGGAGUUUCCAUAUUCUUUUCCUCUAGUGGUUUAAAAGCUAAUAUUACAUCACCCAAUACCUCUUCCUCCUCUAAUGGUAGUAAUUCCUCUACUAACAACAAUAACGACAAAGCUGCUGCCUAUGAAUUUUCGGAAGAGAAUGAGAAAUGUGAAAAGAUUUCUAUAUUGCGCAAACGUAGAUUAGCUGAUCGUAAAUAUGAAUUUUCAGAAGAUAAUUCCGAAAACAUAAUACCUUUUACAAAGACUAGAACUUCCAGUACAUUUAGUUCCUUUUUAAGCAACACUACCACAGGAAGUCAUUCACCCAGACACAAUCUAACACAUUUGCAUAGUAUUUCGCCCUAUGCCUCACCCUCAUCAUCGCCUCAUCCACAUCAGCAACACAUGAGUACACAAUAUGGCUCUACAGCGGCUGCCUUAUCACCUUUACAUCGUACAUGCACUUCGCCUUUGGGCUUUAGAUCUCCACCCUCUACGUCGGGCCUGUUAACACAAACAAGUGGUGGUAUGGCUGGUGGCAAUAAUGGUGUAAUGCGUUCACCCAGCCGUCAUUUGGUGGCCAAUCAUUUCUAUAACAAUCAAAAGUCCCCGCCACAAAAUUUCGUCCAUACUAUAUCUCCUGCUACGCAAUAUAUGUUAAGUUUUAAGCCGCAUGGUACCCUGUCGCCUCUACAAUUGUCCAUGACCAAACGUUCUCAUCUAGAGGUGAGCGGUUCCCUGUCACCCAAUCAUCAGCUAUCGGUAUUUCUCUCACCACGACGGGAUGAAUAUCGUUCAGUGGUGGAAGUGCCUCUUCAGGGCGGUGCCAUGUCAGAAAAGCCUGUGUGUACAAAAAAGUUUUUAAGACGUUUUGUUGAAGAAGAUGAUGCCGCCUCGGUUAUAACAAGUGAAGAAGAUGAUUGCAUAUCACCUGGUUAUCAUAUAUUAUUGCCCAUGGAGGUCCAUGGCUCUUGUUACUCGGAAAUGCAAAUGAUUUCCAAAGCGUCCUAUCAACAGCUGCGCUGUUCUAGUGUGGUCAUAGAGCAGCAUUCUUUCGAUAUGGAAACCUUUACUUACUAUGCCAUCAGUACGUUGUGUCAAAAGAAUCAGAAAACCUAUGAUUUCUUUUAUGACUGGGCCUAUGAAUUGAUAAAUGUCUGUCCCACUUCCCUCACGGUAUUUUGCAUUUUAAUGGCUCACUUUUCGGCCCGCGAAGAAGUUUCCUCCUGUUUAAACUGCUCACGUAAACUAAGUUGCGCUUUUCACAGGCGUGAAUAUGAGUGUCGUGUUUUAUUCACCUGGAAUAUGAUGACCGGUGAAUGGGAUAUAUUAGAUUUUGGUGAACUACAAGACUUCAAUCACUACAAAUACAGUCCAAAAUCAAAUUUCUCUUCCACGGCAUCGCUACAGCAAAGGGCCAAAAAGUUGGCUCGCGAAAUGGCCCAGACUUUACAUAAAUUACCCGACUAUACUGCAAACUUGAGAAUACUAGAUUCGAAUGUGAAAAAAACCAAGAAAUCUAUAACCGAUAUUGAUAAUAUGAUAGAGUUUUCUUUAAAAAAACGGCCACAACAAGCAAUGGAUUAACUUAAUGUUAACAAGCUUUACUCAGCUACUUUAAAAAACAAAUAAGAAACUAAAUUACAAAACUAAUGAUAUUUUUCUAUAGCCAACAAUACCAAUAUUAGAACUCUUAAGAAGUUUGUCUAUUAGCCUUAACAGCUGCUACUUUCUUACUUCUUUUACAUAAUGAUAUUAUUUCCUGAUUUAAGGUUGAUACCCAAUCUACGUUUGCUUAAUGGAAGCUAAAUUUCAUAGUGCAUUUUUUUUUAAUUUAAAUAUUUUAAUUUGUUUUAUGUUUUUCAUUUUAUAGAUUUUUAAAUAUUUUAAUACUUUUAGCCAACAAAUUGUGUUUUGUUUUAAUUUUCUAAUUGCUUUAAAAUUUAAUUUGGUUUUAAAACAAAUGUAUCUUUAUUACGAAACUAUGUAUUUAAGAAAAAUCUAAUUUUUAAUUUAUUUUAUCUGUGAAAUCUAAUCUAUUCAAAAUACAACGAGUGAGAUAUUCCUAUAA